CAAGUGAAUACCACGACAAGGGAAAAGGGAAGAGCGAUAACUUUUAAUGCAUUUUCACACUUAUUUUAUGGUGUGACUGCAAGGAUAUUUUUCUACAGCUUUAGGUAUUUGAUUUUUUGGGGAAUAAGCGCGUGUCACUUCUAUUGGACACAACGAAUGCAUACACCUGCGGAUUGUUGUAUAGCUACCAACCAAACAAUUGACAUAAAUGGCCUCACUACCCUUUAGAUGUGUCUUGGCUUUGGUUGUAAUGCAAGUGGUAUCGUCCUCUGGAGUGUUCGAGCUGAAAGUCCAUUCGUUCAACACUGCCCACCGCAUAUGCAGAAGGCAUAGAGACUGCCACAUAUUUUUCCGAAUUUGUCUAAAACACUCGGAGGACGUUAUCCAUGCGGAGCCACCAUGCACGUUUGGAACAGGACACACCAACGUCAUCCGCGCAGAUCAGACCUCGAUUUCCAGCAGCGCUCCAAUUAGAAUACCGUUCCAUUUCAAGUGGCCGGGAACAUUUUCACUGAUAAUUGAAGCAUGGAACGCAGAAACCCCUACAGAAUACACAGACAACCAAAACAACCUUGUCAGCCGCUUGGCAACCAGAAGAAGACUGGCCAUCGGCGAGGACUGGUCUCAAGACGUCCACUUCGGGGAGCAGAGCGAGCUGCGCUACUCCUACCACGUAUUCUGUGACGAGUACUACUUUGGCGAUAGCUGCGCCGAGUACUGCAGACCCCGCGACGACACUUUGGGCCACUACACCUGUGACGAGGAGGGGAACAAACACUGUCUGGAGGGCUGGAAGGGCAACUACUGUUCUGAUCCCAUCUGCUCGGCGGACUGCAGCGAGAGGCACGGCUACUGCGAGGCCCCUGGGGACUGCAAGUGCAGGAUGGGCUGGCAGGGGCCCUCAUGCAAUGAGUGUGUGCGUUACCCAGGCUGCCUCCACGGCACCUGCGGCCAGCCAUGGCAGUGUGACUGCAAGGAGGGUUGGGGCGGCCUCUUCUGUGACCAGGACCUCAACUACUGCACCAACCACCGGCCAUGUGCCAACGAUGCCACCUGCACCAACACAGGCCAGGGCAGCUACACCUGUACCUGCCGCCCGGGCUACAGCGGCACCAACUGUGAGCUGGAGACCAACGAGUGUGACAGCAACCCCUGCAAGAACGGCGGCAGCUGCAAUGACCUGGAGAACGACUACUCGUGCACCUGCCCCCAGGGCUUCUAUGGGAAGAACUGUGAGAUCAUUGCCAUGACGUGUGCCGACGGGCCUUGCUUCAACGGGGGCACCUGCAUGGAGACGCCAACGGGGGGCUAUACCUGCCGUUGCCCUCCCACAUACACCGGCUCCAACUGCGAGAAGAAACUAGACCGCUGCAGCAACAGCCCAUGUCUGAAUGGUGGUGAGUGUCUAGACCUGGGUCAGAGUGUGCUAUGCCGCUGCCGCUCUGGGUUUACCGGUGCCAACUGCCAGAUCAACAUCGAUGACUGUGCCUCAGUACCCUGCCAGAAUGCUGGCACCUGCCAGGACAACGUGGAUGACUACACAUGCUCGUGCACGUUGGGCUACGCCGGCAAGAACUGCAGUGUGCGUUCGGACGCCUGUGGCCGCGGUGCCAGCGCCCAGCCCUGCCAGAAUGGCGGCACCUGCUUCACCCACUUCACGGGUCCUGUGUGUCAGUGUCCGACAGGUUUCAUGGGACCUAGCUGUGAGUUCACGCUGCAGCUCAGCUUCCAGCCCGCUUCCCAAAUGACAAAUAAGCCUUCCUCCGCCACCCUCACCGCCUCUUGCAUCCUGGCGUUACUUGCCCUUGGCCUAGUGGCGGGCAUCGUGGUGCUGCGGCGGCACCGGCUGCGUAAUAGGAAGCAACUGAGCGACACAGCAGUGUUUAACGACCUAGAGACCGUGAUCAACCAUUUCCCUAGCGAGAGAGAGGCUUUCCUGGGGCCCAGUGGUCUGUUCAAGAUCAGCAAUAGCGACCCGCGCCUCAGCUUGGCAUCGCUUGUAUCGCUGAGCUCCCCAGACGACAGGACAGGCCGGGGACUUGGGGGUGAGCACCGUUCUCUCUCCCCUGGACAGGACUACCUCUGGAGGGGGGAGAGUGGGGCUGGGCUAAGAUGAGCCACUGGUCUGGACUCAAGAAGGACAGAAAGAGGAUACAGGACAGCCACUCACCUGGGAAGGGAGGGCGGGACAGAAAUAGGGAGGAAGAACAGGGGAUCGUCAGCACUUCAUUUUUCUCUUUUUAUGAAAUGAUAAGUGAAUGAAGAAAAGGACAAAUGCUACGAAUGGUUGGAUUCCUGUCAUCAUUUUUACGUUACAAAUUUAAACAAACAAAGAAAACAACAUGUUGGAAAACAACCUCUCGUCAUGAAGAACAACAGUAAGUGACCUCUUGAAGUUCGAGAACUUUAGGAAAUCUCCUCAGAGAAAGGUCUUCCACGUCAAAUAACCCAAAGAGACGACUACCAAUACCACAUGACCACUUACGUUGGACACUGACCUAUUUAUUAUUGCCCUUGCUGCAACACAGUCAUAUUCACCAAAUGACUCGAAGAACCAUUUAAACCAAAUACAGGAAGACUUAAUUCUCGGACCUGUAUGUUUUUGGAACACCAGCGCAUAAUAAUGACUUAUCAAUGACCUUCAAGGAGAGGAUAUAUUUUCUGGAUUGACUUCACUGUGUUUUUGUUUGUUUGCACAUUUCACCAGAACUCUAAUUUGAGCAAUUCCAAAAGAUAAAACAUAUUUUUGUCAUUGAAAAAUGUACUGUGAUUUCUUCUAACAUACAUACAUCAGUCGGUAUACCAUCAUUUUAUUUGUUAUUUAUUUAUUGUGUAAAAUGUUUGUCAAAUCUUCACCUUUUUUGCCACAAAUCCAGAGAUAUAUUUAUGUGAUCCUAAAUGACCAACCUGUAAUGGAUGUUCUGCAUCUUUGUGUGUUGCUGUGUAUUCUAAAAAGCCCAUGAAUACUCCAGGAAGAAACACAAAAUUGAUUUAUGACCUGAAAUCAAUGAACAUGUAACUUUGAUACACAGAUCUUGACAUAAGUAUUGCUGUUUCUGAAGAACAGCCAGUGUAAUUUUAUGUUCAUGCCAAAGUUUGUGUUUAGUCUGGCAUUUGCUCUCAAAAAAAUGUUUUGUUGUUGUGUUUGUAAUGUGUUGAAUAAAGAUUAUAAAAUCA